GGCGGUCGGCCGGGGGCCCUGAACCGGGAGGUGACCAACUCAUGGCAGCGCGGGCGAGUGCUGGGUUGGUGAGAGUCUGCUCCGCGUGAUUUCUCUGGGAAGCUGCGAGGUUAUCGCACCCUCCUGCGCCCCCGGGGCCAGACGCUCGCUUCAGCUCACAGCGUUUUCUCUCAGAUGAAGAGCAAAACACAGGCACCCUUGCCUGCCACACACUUCUCAUCUUUCUCGGUGGACAAAGUUGCCUGCAAAUCCAGGCUCGACAUUAUGGGCUGCUCAGGGGGAGCAGGACUUGCCUGUCUUCCCCCACUCUCCUGAUGCUCAGCCCAGUUAGCGCUCAGCCUCCUCUCUCCCGGUCCAUCACUCCUCUGCUGAGGAACAGCAAAGCACUUUCUCACUGAAAAGGUGGAAAUCUCCUAACCAAACCCAACUGCUCUUGUGACAAGUGAGGCGACCAGGGUAUAGACAGAUUAAGAAGAUUUUUUAAAAAGCCUCAUGGGACAUAUCACCAUUGCUGGAUGCCUGGUAAAAUUAAGAAACCUGACUGCAUGAGAGGCACUCUACAUGGGCACAGGAUGUUACCUGGAAUCAGAGCACUAAAUGAUCCAGACUUUCCUUAAUUCUAAGUGUUCUCGUCUUCACUUCAAGAUGCCUUUGUGCUUCUCAUAAGUGCAAACUGACAACACUCAAGGCCACGACAGAGGGAAAAUCAUUACUACUGGAAGCCUAGAAGCCUGCCCUUGAUAAAAGAAAGACCCUGAUUGUUGUUUGAAAUGCUGAGGAAGUUGCUGCGGAGGAGACUUUUUUCUUAUCCCACUAAAUACUACUUCUUGCUUCUUGUUUUUUCCCUAGUAACCUUCUCUGUUUUAAGAAUUUAUCAAAAGCCUGAAUUUGUCAGUGUUGGACAUUUAGAGCUGGUUGGAGACAAUCCUAGUAGUAAUAUUAAUUGCACCAAAGUUUUACAGGGUGAUGUAGAUGAAAUCGAAAAGGUAAAGCUUGAGAUUCUAACAGUGCAAUUUGGAAGGCGCCCUCGGUGGACAGCCUAUGACUAUAUAAACAUGACUAAUGAUUGUACUUCUUUCAUCAAGAAGCGCAAAUAUAUUGUAGAACCCCUUAGUAAAGAAGAGGCAGAGUUUCCAAUAGCAUAUUCCAUAGUGGUUCAUCACAAAAUCGAAAUGCUUGACAGACUCCUGAGGGCCAUCUACAUGCCUCAGAAUUUCUAUUGCAUUCAUGUGGACAAAAAAUCAGAGGAUUCCUUUUUGGCUGCGGUGAUUGGCAUUGCAUCUUGUUUCAAUAACGUCUUUGUGGCCAGUCAGCUGGAGAGUGUGGUAUAUGCAUCAUGGAGUCGAGUCCAGGCCGACCUCAACUGUAUGCAGGACCUCUACAGAAUGAGUGCAGACUGGAAGUACUUGAUAAAUCUUUGUGGUAUGGAUUUUCCUAUUAAAACCAAUCUGGAAAUUGUCAGGAAACUCAAGUCAUUAAUGGGAGAAAACAACCUAGAAACUGAGAAAAUGCCAUCCAAUAAAAAAGAAAGGUGGAAAAAGCAUUAUACAGUUGUUAAUGGAAAGCUGACAAACACUGGGACUGACAAAAUGCAACCUCCUCUUGAAACACCUCUGUUUUCAGGCAGCGCCUAUUUCGUGGUCAGUAGGAAUUAUGUGGAGUACGUGCUAGAGAAUGAAAGAAUCCAAAAGUUUAUGGAGUGGGCAAAAGACACAUACAGCCCAGAUGAGUAUCUCUGGGCCACUAUUCAGAGGAUCCCUGAAGUCCCAGGCUCACUGCCCUUAAGCCAUAAGUACGACAUGUCCGACAUGCAUGCAAUUGCUAGGUUUGUCAAGUGGCAGUACUUUGAAGGUGAUGUUUCCAAGGGCGCCCCCUACCCACCCUGCAAUGGUGUCCAUGUACGUUCCGUGUGUGUUUUUGGAGCAGGUGACUUGAACUGGAUGCUGCACAAGCACCACUUAUUUGCCAACAAGUUUGACACAGACAUCGACCUCUUUGCUAUCCAAUGUUUGGAUGAGCACCUGAGACAUAAAGCCUUGGAGACAUUGAAACACUGACCAUUCAUUGUAGGCAACUUUAGAUAAUAAAAAUGCUACACGAGAUGUACCCCCAUCUGAUUCUUCUGCCCUGUUAAUAAACAUCAGGAAAACUGUAGGAGGUGCUCUUUGGACCAGGGACUUGAACUCUUUAUGUCUGAGAAGCUACAUGGUUCUGCAAAGCACAUUCCGUUGGAAAGUCUAUAGAAUUAAAUGUUGACUUAGAGUUAACAUGAGGCCAGGUUGCGAGGCAUUGUAGGGAGAGAUGGCCCAGGCGGCCUGGGAAGAGUCCAAAUGCAAAAGAGCUCAGGGACUUAACAAAAUGGUAAGAUUUGACCUGUGCCAAAAUUACUUUGAGAGCUUUAAAUAUGACAGUUUUCUUGCUUGGAAUAAAUUUACAGCAACAACUAAUCAUAAUGAUGUAAUUUAUAUUGUAGGUUAUAUUUGUUGAAUAAGAAAUUUGACUUUAAAUGAUUCUUGUGAAUAAUUUACUUUCUGCUGUAACAUUGUGUUGUGUAGUGUAUCUGUGUAUGUCAUCUCAGGGAACUUGAAAAAAACAGGCUUGACUGAACAUAAAUGUUUCUGACUUG